AGUAUCGCUGCUGAACCGUACUAACGCUCUGACAGCGCACGAGGAAAGCGCGUGCUCAUACGCGAUAAAAAAAAAAUAAAAAAUCCGCGAAUUAAAUUCGGAUAGUAAAUUAUACCCGGAUAGUUUUGAAGAGAUCAAGACGAAGUAUAAAACAAUCGAAGUUGGACAGAAAAGGAGACGUCAUGGCUAAGAACGAAGUGUCUAUAAAUAUUCUAAGGAAACUAGUCCUAGACUGUUUCCUUCUUAUUGGCUUGGGACUAUGUAUAGGAGCAACAAAUCUCCUCUGGCAGCCUUUCCAAAGAGGGUUUUUCUGUGGAGACCAGAGCCUGAUGUACCCCUACAAGGGAGACACUGUCACAGUACUCAUGUUGAGGCUAGUUGGCCUCCUGCUACCUAUAUCAACGUUCCUAAUAUGCGAGUGGACACUUUUACGCAACGUGCGCGACUGUGAGCGGUGUCUAGGCGUGCGUAUCCCUGCCUGGGUGCGUGGCUUCUACAGCACCCUCGUCUGCUUCGCCAUCGGUACCUGCUUCGUCGAGAUCGCUGUCAACAUCUCCAAAAAUGUCAUUGGCAGACCUAGACCUCAUUUCUUUGAUAUCUGUCAACCGUCAAUAAACUGCAGUUCCUUCGAAUGGCAGGACCGGUACAUCCAGUCCUCAGACUACACGUGUACGGGACCACAGACUGAUAAGUACGAGGAUAUGCGCAAGAGUUUUUUAAGCGGACAUUCUGCAUGGGCAGCUUACACCAUGGUUUAUUUAGCUAUGUACCUAGAAGGUCGGAUGACAUGGCAGGGUACGAGGACACUCCGCCACGUCCUUCAGUUUGGAGUCGUGAUGCUGAGCUGGUUCACCGCUCUCUCGAGGGUCACUGACUUCAAACACCACUGGAGUGACGUGCUCGCUGGGUACUCCCUCGGCGUUGUAUUCGCCGUUAUCAUGUGGGCUUGGGGCACAGAUGUAGUUCAGAAGAAGAAGAACCACAACUCGUUGCCUCAGUUCGAGAUCGCCAUCACCAGCCAGUCGAUGCAGCCACAACGUUAAAUAACAGUUUUACUUAACUAGACACACAAGAAGUAUACACGAUUGUCUUUUUGAAACGGGGCUUACGUCUCACUAGCGCCAUCUCUUGGCCAUGAAAUGUAAAAACUCUCAUGAAGCUAUCAGACUUCUGAAUCGCUCUGCCUAUCAUGAGCAAUAAGCACCACCAAAAGAGCCGACCAUGGUGCACUGGUACUUAAAGAGCAUUUGAAGUUAUAAUCUUCCAAACCCCCCUUAAACCUUUCCUGGACUUCCACGAACAUUUCAAGACCAAAAUUUUCCAAAUCGGUUCAGCCGUUCUCGAGUUUUAGCGAGACUGACGAACACAGAUUCAUUUUUAUUUAUAGGUAUCGAUUAUUAAUCUUCUCUGAAUUUAUUAACUAAAGUCACAAUCAAGGACAAAGUAGAAGUCAUUUAUUUCAAUUAAACCAGAAUUUGGUACGAUUAAAACGUCAACAAAUACAAAAUAAAUAGUAGUCUGUCGUUAGUGAAGCUAAAUGCUCGUUCCAAAUAGAUUCGAAUGGGUACGGGCAAGGAACUCCAUUGGUUACUCUUUUAAAAAAAAUAUGUUUUACAAUUUCUCUGGUACAUAAUAAGUAUGAUUUCUGAUAUGACAAUUAAUAUAUCAUUUAUAUUAUUUUUACUAAAGAAGAUAAUCGUGGAUACUUCUGUUUAGUUAUGUUAACAACUAGUUAUUUAAUUUAUUAGGCUACAUAAUUAUGCGUUGUAUCAACGUUUAGAUUUUUAAGAAAUAUUAUUUAAUGUGAUAAUUUAGGUCUAUCAUUACUAUUUAAAUAAAUUCUCAUUACUAUUUAA